AUGGACGAUUUAUGUUUAGAUGUGACGGAAAGUUAUGUCGAUCAGUGUAAAAUAAUUAGUCAACAGGUACAAUCAUUUUUGCCGUAUAGCUCCACUGCGCUAGGUAAAAAUGAUGAAAUACGAUUUGAAAUUCGCAACAUGGACAGUUACACUUUACCAAGUGCCAGUUAUUUGUACUUGGAAGGUGAAGUGAAAAAACCUGAUGGUAUGAAGUCCAGUCCUAGAUUUAUUAACAACGGACUCGCAUAUUUAUUUUCUGAAAUACGUUAUGAAAUAAACGGUACUCAAAUACAAAAAGUACGCAACCCGGGCAUUACAUCUACUUUGAAAGGCUAUUGCUCAUACAGCCCCGCUGAUAUUAACGAACUACACACUGCGGCAUGGGACAUUACUACUGAAGACAAUAAAGACUUUUUCGACUGUACAUAUUUUUCUGGGAUUAUACCGCUAUCGCAUAUACUAGGCCCCGCUGAUAUUAACGAACUACACACUGCGGCAUGGGACAUUACUACUGAAGACAAUAAAGACUUUUUCGACUGUACAUAUUUUUCUGGGAUUAUACCGCUAUCGCAUAUACUAGGGUUUGCCGAAGAUUAUAAAAAAAUACUCUUAAACUGUACCCAAUCAUUAAUAUGUACGAGGAGUUCAUCAGACAUUAACGUAAUCAAAUUAUUCAAUGUGAAAGAGUCCUCUGAAAAACUUAAAUGCAGCACGGGAACUUCUGAUGAUAAUGAGGUUGUCAAGCUAUUAGAUACGAGUACCACAGUAAAAGAAAAACUGUCUACAGUAUCAAUUAAACUAACAAAAGUUGUAUGGAAUAUGCCAAUCGUCAAAGUGACCGAAAAGGAACAAUUAAAAUUACUUAGAGUUUUAGAUAGUAAAAAGUCUAUACAUUGCGCCCAUAGAAAUUGGGAACUGUGUGAAUAUCCGUUUGUACCACAAAACAAAUCGUUUUCAUGGACCGUUAAAACAUGUAAUAAUUUUCAAAAACCUCGUUAUGUUAUAGUAGGGUUUCAAACAGACCGUAAAAAUAGUGAAAGUAAAUCAAUGUCUGAAUUCGAUCACUGUAAUUUAACAAAUCUUAAAGUCCAUUUAAAUUCAGAAGUUUACCCGUACAUCGAUUUAAGAUGUAAUUUUGACUGUAAGCUAUUUAGUAUUUUAUUUUCCUACUAUGUUAAUUUUCAAAAGAGUUAUUAUGAUAGACCUUGGUGUUCGCCUUUAGUAAAUAAAAAACAAUUUCUUAAUUUAAUACCUAUUGCCGUAAUCGACAUGUCAAAGCAGAACGAUACAAUUACAGUCUCGUCUUUUGACCUACGUAUUGAAAUUGAAGCAUCAGCCGCGUUCCCUGGUAAUACAACUGCAUAUGCUCUAGUAAUUUCAGACAAUGUAUUUACAUAUACACCUUUUGACGGAACUGUCCGUAUAUUUUAA